GAAUGUCCCUGAAAACAAGAAAAAGAAGAAGUACUAAGGCAUCAGUACCACAUAACACAGCUAGCAACAGCUAGCGAAUAAAGGGCUUUACCUUCACCACAACACAUCUCCAUUGGGGGCAAAAUGCCUCGUUUUGCACAGCUAGUGAUGGGGCCGGCGGGCAGCGGGAAGAGUACCUACUGCUCCACCAUGCUGCAGCAUCUAGGGACCCUGAACCGCUCAGCUCACGUGGUCAACCUGGACCCAGCUGCUGAGCACUUUGACUACCCUGUCAUGGCAGACAUCCGUGAACUCAUCCAGGUGGAUGACGUGAUGGAGGACCCGUCUCUCAGAUUUGGCCCCAACGGAGGCCUGGUUUUCUGCAUGGAGUACUUCGCCAACAACUUUGACUGGCUGGAGGAAAGCCUGGGUCACGUAGAGGAUGACUACAUACUGUUCGACUGUCCAGGUCAGAUUGAACUUUAUACACACCUCCCUGUAAUGAGGCAGCUGGUGGAGCAUCUCCAGCAGAUGGAGUUUCGAGUGUGUGGGGUCUUUCUGGUAGACUCCCAGUUCAUGGUGGAGUCUUUUAAGUUCAUCUCAGGAGUCAUGGCUGCCCUGAGUGCCAUGGUGUCAUUAGAGAUCCCUCAAGUAAACAUCAUGACAAAAAUGGACCUGCUUAGUCCCAAAGCCAAGAAGGAGAUUGAAAAGUACCUGGACCCAGACAUGUACUCAAUGAUGGAAGAUACCUCGGAUAACAUCAGAAGCACAAAGUUCAAGAAGCUGACGAAAGCCAUCUGUGAUCUGAUUGAUGACUACAGUAUGGUGAGAUUCUUGCCUUUUGACCGCUCAGACGAGGAAGGUGUUAACAUAGUGCUGCAAAAUAUUGACUUCUCUAUACAGUAUGGAGAGGACCUGGAGUUCAAGGAGCCAAAGGAGGUUGAUGAAGAGCCUGAAAACCUGAAUUAUGAUGAAGCUUUUCAAGACAAAGUGGAGAGCUGAGACGCGGCGUGACUCCAGGAAUUCUGCCAAAAAAAGAGACUAGAGUU